AUGGCGGCGCGGCCCCGGCGGCCCUGGCUCAGCGUGGCGCUGGGGCUGGUGCUGGGCUUCGCCGUCGCCUCGUGGCUCAUCGCCCCCAAAGUGGCCGAGCUGAGCGACAGGAAGAGGCGCGGCGGCGGCGGCGGCGGCGGCGGCUUUGCUGGCGGCGGCGGCCUCUGCUCUUACGACGGCCGGAGGCAGCUGCGGCCGGAGGCGAGGGCAGCCGCCGCGGGAGGGCUCGGGGACGGCGGCAGCCUGUGGGGAAGAGAGCGCCGCCGCCCGCCGCCGCCGCCGCCUCCCGCCGCCGAGGACGAGCCCGUGCCCAGCCCGCCCGUUGCUGCCGCCGGAGAAGGAGACCCGCAGCAGCAGCAGGAGGAGGAGGAGGAGGAAGGCGCCGGCCGGCCCGGCAGCAGCCACAACGGGAGCGGGGACGAGGCGGGCGGCGCGGGCUGCGCCGAGCGCCGCCGCUUCCUGUACGUGGGGGUGAUGACGGCGCAGAAGUACCUGGGCAGCCGGGCGCUGGCGGCGCAGCGUACCUGGGCGCGCUCCAUCUCGGGCCGCGUGGACUUCUUCUGCAGCCAGGGCUCCGUGCCACCGCCCGCUCGGCCCGGGGAGCGGCCGCUGCCCGUCGUCGCCCUGCCCGGCGUGGACGACUCGUACCCGCCGCAGAAGAAGUCCUUCAUGAUGCUCAAGCACAUGCACGACAACUACCUGGACGCCUACGAGUGGUUCAUGCGGGCCGAUGACGACGUCUAUAUCAAAGGGGAAAAAUUAGAGGAAUUCCUAAGGUCACUGAACAGCAGUAAACCUCUGUAUUUGGGGCAGACUGGACUGGGAAAUACUGAAGAACUUGGAAAACUGGCUCUUGAGCCAGGAGAGAAUUUCUGCAUGGGAGGACCUGGGAUGAUCUUCAGUCGUGAAGUUCUUAGGAGGAUGGUACCACACAUAGGUGAAUGUCUUCGAGAAAUGUACACUACUCACGAGGAUGUAGAAGUGGGCCGAUGCGUUCGGCGAUUUGGUGGAACUCAGUGCGUUUGGUCUUAUGAGAUGCAGCAGCUGUUCCAUGAAAACUAUGAACACAACCGGAAGGGUUACAUACAGGAUCUUCACAACAGCAAAAUUCACACAGCUAUUACGCUUCAUCCAAAUAAAAGACCAGCCUAUCAAUAUAGACUUCACAAUUAUAUAUUGGCCCGUAAAAUAUCAGAAUUACGUUACCGUACCAUCCAGCUUCAUAGAGAAAGUGCCCUCAUGAGUAGGCUCAGCAAUACUGAAAUCAGCAAAGACGAUCAACUUCUGGGAAUGAUGCCAUCUUUUAACCGCUUCCAGCCACAUGACAGGAAUGAAAUCAUUGAAUGGGAGUUUCUGACUGGAAAGCUGCUUUACUCUAUGGCUGAGAAUCAACCACCCAGACAGAACAUUAAUAGUGUCCUGCGGGCAGCACUGGAUGACACUAUAAUGCAGGUAAUGGAAAUGAUCAAUGAGAACUCUAAAUCUAGAGGGAGGCUCAUUGACUUCAAUGAAAUACAGUAUGGGUACCGCAGGAUUGACCCUUUGCACGGUGUGGAAUACAUUCUGGAUCUGUUGCUGUUAUACAAAAGGCACAAAGGAAGAAAAGUUACUGUUCCAGUUCGACGGCAUGCUUAUCUUCAGCAAUUAUUUAGUAAACCUUUUUUCAAAGAAGAAGAAGAACUGGAUGUGAUCAGUCUUGUAGAAAGCAUGAAUAGUGUCACACAGUCUUUCUCCUUCCUUUCUAAUUCCCUGAAGAUGUUUUCAUCAUUUCAAGGUGCCAAAGAAAUAGGAGCACAUGGUGACAAAAAGAUUCACAUUCUAGUCCCUCUCACUGGGCGGUAUGAUAUUUUCCUAAGAUUUAUGGAGAACUUUGAAAAGACUUGCCUUAUCUCCAAGCAGAAUGUAAGGCUGGUAGUUAUUCUCUUCAGUUCUGAUUCUGGUCAGGAUUCCAGUAAACACAUAGAGCUGAUUAAUGAAUAUCAUCAUAAAUAUCCUAUGGCAGACAUGACAGUAAUUCCAAUGACAGGUGUUUUUUCUAGAGGGUUAGGUCUUGAAAUGGCCUCCUCCAAGUUUGACAAUGACACCUUGCUGCUAUUCUGUGAUGUUGACCUUAUAUUUACUCCAGACUUUCUCCAGCGGUGUCGAGCAAACACUAUUCAAGGGCAACAAGUUUAUUAUCCUAUUAUCUUCAGUCAGUAUGAUCCCAAAGUAACAUAUGGGGGCAGCCCUCCACUGGACAGCAACUUUGUUUUUACAAAGAAAACUGGGUUUUGGAGGGACUAUGGGUUUGGGAUCACUUGCAUUUACAAAAGUGACCUUGUAAGUGCUGGUGGAUUUGACACCUCAAUUCAAGGUUGGGGACUUGAGGAUGUAGACCUCUUUACUAAAGUGAUCAAUUCUGGAUUGAAGGCUUUUAGAAGCCAAGAAGUAGGUGUUGUGCAUGUUUUUCAUCCAGUUCAUUGUGAUCCCAACCUAGAUCCUAAACAAUACAAGAUGUGCUUAGGAUCCAAAGCAAGUACGUUUGCCUCUGCCACGCAACUAGCUGAAAUAUGGCUAGAAAAACAUUUAGGUGUCAGGUAUAAUCGAACUCUUUCCUGACAUUCUAACUUGCUCUGCCUUCCUAGGGGAGUUUACCUCAUUAUUACUUUGUUCUGUUGUUGCAUUUGCAAACGUCUCUUUGUCUUCCAAAGGGUAUGUGUUUGACCUCAAAUGAACAGAGUCUGCUGUCAGGAACAUUACGGAUUCCUACUGAACUGAUUAGAUGUGGUGUCUUUCUAUUCUCUUUGAUCUAUAAACCAAGUAAAACCAUGGCAGUCAGACAAUCCCAUGGAGCUCAUCUAUCAUGAGGACUACAUCAAACAAAUGUUCUCUUUGGACAUUAGGAUGCAAUAUCAGUCUUCAUUUUGUCUGUUCAGCAUAAUGUGAUACAGAUAUUGUCUGGUGAAGGUACCCCAAAAGUGCUUUAUGCUUUCUCUGGGAAAGAGACUCUGGCAAACUUGAGUUUCAUAAUUUAUAUGUGGACAAAAAUAAACAGUAUUAUUCUUCAUCUUUAUAAUUUUUGAAGUAAACAAAUAACUGAUCAUCU